AUGAGCCCAGAGGAGGAGCCAGAGUAUCAAACACCGCCCACCUGCGAUCUGCUCGGCCUUCUGCUGAAGAACAGACGCCCCACCGGAGCUGUCAACGAGGUCUGGCCCAACCUCUACAUCGGAGACGCGGCGACGGCUCAGCGCAAACCCCUGUUGGCGGAUCUGGGGAUAACACAUGUGGUGAAUGCUGCAGAUGGCCCCCAGCACAUUGACACCGGGCCACGGUUCUACAAAGACACCAACAUACAGUAUCAUGGGGUCGAGGCACCAGACCGCAAGGAUUUCGACUUGCGCCCGUUCUUCGCCGAGACGGCUGAUUUCAUUGAUGGCGCUCUGAGUCAGGAAGGUAAGGUGCUCGUCCACUGUGCGCGAGGAAUCAGCCGCUCGGCCGCUCUGGUUCUGGCCUUCCUCAUGAUCAAAGAGAGACUCACCGUCGUGGAGGCUGUGGAGGCCGUCUGCGGGCGCAGGAACAUUCUUCCAAAUGUCGGCUUUCUGGAUCAGCUCUGUCACCUGGACUCUUCCUUGGCCCUGCAGAGGAAGAGACAUGGAGAAAUAGAGCACUGGGGGUGAAUUCCCUCCAACGAGGACUAUCGCACUAACUUUGCAUAACAAUAAUAUAACUGACAAAAAGAAAAGCAGACUUGAUAUUCUCUGUAGAUUAGAAAACUAAAGCAUGUUUCCUGAGCCUGUUAAUGAGGGCUGACUUCAAACAUGAGCCUGACGAACAGAAAUGAGGACUUGAUAGUUGACUUUCGCUUCGCUGUGAGACCUGACUGACUUGAGAUGUUCUGCUGAAGAUAAACAACAGGCCUCACGCAGUCACACAGCUUGAAUAUCUGCAUUUUAAUAUUGUGGCUGUGCUUGAAAGGAAUUUAUCUCAGCCGUGUGUAGAGGAGGAAAACGUUCAAAUGCUGUGUCACUUUAGACUUUAGACUUGUCGGGAAUGACUUGUAUCCUGGCUUGGACUCAUCUCAAGUUACUUGUGACUUGACUUCAACUAGUCUUGAAUUACUUGUGUCUUAAGUUGGACUUGUCUCAAAUUGCUUAAGACAUGAG